CCUGUCGCUUAUCAUGGCCGACUAGCCCAAUAGGGCAAUUGUCAUGCCUCUCAAUGUAACCCUCUCCUCAUCGCCGAGCCGGUUUGGAGCCUCACACGCUGUUGUGUUUAGGGUGCCUGACGCGUGUAUUACUCCUGCUUAAUAGAGACAAAUAUAUGUCUCAGUUGAUGUUCCAAGCGAUCUGCGCUUCCAGACACCCCCUGAUGAACGACCUCGCCGACAAUUCCGGCAUCUGACUCAGCCAACAUAACACUGUAAGCCAUGAAAGGGCAGUCAUGGAAGGAACAAUGAAACAGUGGACCCAUAAAUAUGCAGCCAAGGGCACAAAGGUGCCCCUAUUCAAUAAAAUGAUAGAUACAGAUGAUCAGCGUCUUCUUCCCAACAUGCAAUGCAGUCAUCAAUAGUUCAAGGCGCCCUGCAGCAUGAAUGUUACACCAUUUCGAAUCUUCAAGUUAGCGCACAUGCAGGACCGUCACUCUGUGACUCUGUGAUCAGUUCUAUACACAGCCACCUGCAAGUUAGGAUGAGUGAGCACGGGAUGUUCUCCAAGGCUCUCUGAGCUGAGAUGGAAGAGUAGUAUAAGGACAGGAAACACAUAAAUAGGGCCCUGACUGCCAACAGGAACGAGACCAAGAAGCAGUACAAGGUUUGCAAAUUUCAUAUUCGCAAAGAAGAAUUCAUCGCAAUCGCAAAGUCGACAUCAUGAAGCCCUCCCUGCUCUGGCUUGGUCUUUGUGCCCUUUCGCUCGGCUCACCAGCCCCCGACACUCAGGCUCCAGACUCACAGGUGGCUGCUGCCACCGCGAAGAUUCUGACCUUUGAUUGCUCUGAUGGACAGGUCGGCGAUACGUGCCUGAAUAUGUGCUACGGCGCAAAAUGCAAGAAACUUGGCACGACGCUUACCUGGGAUCACCCGAGUAAAUCGACCGAGGGUAAGCGUAGCCGUCUGGCGGGCUGUGGGUCUGGCAACCGAUGCAGCAAGGCACCCUAUGGCAAAGGGUACCAGUGUGACGAGUUUCCAUUCAAGUCUGUCAGGCAGGCAGACAAGGGCGGUCAGGUGAACCGAUGCGUCAAGAGCCACUACAACAGCCGUCAAGGGCACGUCCUGCAGAACUUCUACUAUUCUCAUGGCGAGUUCAAGAACAAAGGGUGCAAAGGCAGGGCGCCGUGUCAGUUCAGAAUUGGCUUUAAACGGUUUAGUAAGUACAAGUACUGCAAGAAGAAGCCAGACUGCAAGAACGACGGGAACGAAUACACCAAGAAAGGACCAGCGAAGCGUGAGGAAGAGGUUGACACGGGUGGCUACUACCGUCUCGCCAGUGGUGAUGUUAUCUUUGUUCCUGAUGGAGCACAGGUGGGAGAUUUGGUCUAUCAGGCUACCUUUUCUAAUGCCACGAUCGGUGUUGCGGACAUUGAUGGCGUGGAAGGUCAGGGCGAUGAGGAUGAGGGCGACGAGAACUACGGUGAUGACCCAUUCGAGGUUCAAGAAGAUCAGAUUGUUGAAGAGGUUGCGGACUAUGAGUAGCUCUUCAAUGGUUUUCCAUAGUCAGGUGGCUUCUCG